GUACCCGCUGUACCAGCUGGGCGGCCCGCAGCUGCGCAUCUUCCGGCCGAACUUCUACAUGCUGGCGGUGAGGCCCGGCGUGCCCCAGCCUGAGGACACCGUCCAGUUCCGCGUCUCCAUGGAAAUGACCAGAGUGGAUGUCAAGAAUUACCUUGAAAAAAUAUACAAUGUGCCAGUAGCUGCUGUGAGGACGAGGAUCCAGUAUGGUGCAAACAACAAGAGGAACCACAAGAACCACAGGGUGAAGAAACCAGAUUACAAGGUGGCCUAUGUCCAGCUG